AUGAAGCUCGAUACCAGUAAUAUGCGUUAUAUGACUCCCGAUGAUUUCCGCGUUCUUCAAGCGGUGGAGCAGGGCUCGAAAAAUCAUGAGGUUGUUCCAACCACGCUUAUCCACCAACUGUCAGGUAUGAGGUCUGUGUCUGGUACAAACAGGUCGAUAGGCGAUUUAGCAAAACUGAAACUUGUCUCUAGAAUGAGGAAUAUAAAAUAUGACGGUUUUAGACUGACAUACAAUGGAUUUGAUUAUCUGGGGUUGAAAGCCAUGCUCAACAGGGACACGAUAUAUUCCGUUGGAAAUGUUAUAGGUGUUGGUAAGGAGUCAGAUGUCUACAGAGUAAGCGCCAAAGAUGGGACAGCACGGGUAUUGAAAAUUCAUCGCUUGGGGCGCACGUCUUUCACGACUGUUAAGAACAAUCGUGACUAUUUGAAGCGCAACCAAAGUGGCAGUUGGAUGUACCUAUCGCUGCUGGCUGCGAAUAAAGAGUAUCAGUUCAUGUCACUUUUAUACUCCAAAGGGUUUUCUGUGCCAGAGCCCUUUGAUAAUUCUCGCCAUAUGAUUCUAAUGGAGCUGAUAGAUGGGUAUCCAAUGAGAAGGAUGCGCAAACACAAAAACUUACCAAAGUUGUACAGCGAUCUAAUGAAGUUUAUUGUAAAGCUCGCAAAUCAUGGCUUGAUUCAUUGCGACUUCAACGAAUUCAACAUUAUGAUCAAAGAAUCUGUCACAGAGGCAGGCGAUUGUGGUUUUAUCGUCAUUGAUUUUCCACAAUGUGUUUCGAUUCAACACCAGGAUGCCGAAUACUAUUUCAAGAGAGAUGUUGACUGUAUACGCAGAUUUUUCCAAAAGAAAUUGAAGUACGUUCCGGUGGUCGACGAAUCCAUGCUGGAUGUAGAUGGCUUUGGCGAUGGCUACAAGCAUGCAUACCCAGAUUUUAAUCGAGACGUGAAGCGGGUUGAUAACCUAGAUGAGCUUGUGCAGGCGUCCGGUUUUAGUAAGAAACAUCCGAGUGAAAGAAGAUGGGAAGAAGCCGCGGAAGCUAUGAGGAAAGAAGUGAGUGGUCGCAAUUCCGACUACGAAGUCUCAAAUUCCAACGAGUCUUCAGAUUACUCUGAUUUUUACUCAUCGGAGGAAGAGGAGGAGUCCGAUGACGAGGGAGAUGAUCAAGAGCAGGAAAAUGAGCGGAUUGUCGAAGCCCUCUCUAGCGGGAUGUCCAAUCUGAAGAUGGAUAGUCUUGGAAAUUAUGUGUUGGACGAUUAA